GGGAAAUCAACAAUCAAGGCACCGACCAUCACAAGGAGGAAGGUAUCAACAAUCAUCACGAGGGGGACACCACCAUAACUCUAACUCCCAAUCCAUGGAAUUGGACUAUGUUGGAUCUUCUUAAGGAAACAAUCAAGGGAACAGGAGGGGACAAUCACCAUGAGGAAACUGCCAUAUCUGUGAAAAGUUAG